AUGGAUUGGAGGCGUAGAUUUAACAAAUAUCGAUAUAAAUCUUCAAGCAAAAACGUCUUGAAAAGGAACAGUUUUUCUACAGGAUAUCAGCAGACCCCGGGUCUCACAUUCAACACUAAAUCUAAUGAGUGUUUGUGGAAAUAUUCUCACUCGCGCGCGAGCAGAAGGCCAACUGUUCAGUCCACAUGUAUUUUAUGUAUGCCUGUUUUCUAAACUAUAACCCUUGUCUUACUUAAAAUACGUUUUUUAACUAGGCAGAGGGAAAUUUUUUAAAUAUUAGUAGAUGCACAUUAAAUUCGAUUUUUUUAUAUUCUCCGGCUUCCCUUUGCCCAAGCGCCUUUGAAGGCUUAUUUUGGAGUAAAAACUUGGAAGAAUACAAAAUAUUUGCAAAGACCUAUUUUUGUGUUUUGAUUUUUAUCUUUCGCUUUUUUGGAGUCCCCAAUUUUUUAUGCGCAUGAAUUAAAUAAUUAAUUAUUUGAUUUAUGCGCAUAACACUGCAUUUCCUGCGUUCUCUAGAGAUCAGAUUUUUUAUAUAUUGCUUUCAUUACUUACCUUGCUGUAUAGCAGACCAAGUUUGUGGCGACAAUCAAUGAUUUAAAGUCGUAUUUUUUCAUAGGAAGGCCUGCGCCAGUAAACUCUUUCUAACAAACCUUUAGGCAUGUCAGCGACACAGAUUGUAUAAGCUGAAUCUCUUUUUCGAUUCGUCUUUAAGAGAGACUAGAUACCGGAGACGCAUGCGAUGUCCGACGAAUAAAAUUCAAUCCAAGUUCAAUAUUGCUUACCAUAUCUAUCGUUGAAAUGGAUUUCAAACCAUAACUUCGUUUCUUCUCUGAUAUUUUCCGUCACGGGUCUAUAAACAGUGAAUACUUUUUGUUCCCACGAAUAUUUCGUGCAGUUACUUAGUUACAUAAAUUUCUUGAAAUGUUGUGCAGCGCCUUGAAAUUUUAGCUUGUUUUGACCUUCCGUUGCGUCCCUGCAGUCUUUUUUGAUUAAAAAGUACACGUGUUAAAGCCAUUACAGAAGGUCGAGGAUCCAACACAGGAGAUAUUGGGAUCGCUGCAAUUGAUCUUGGACGGCCAGAGGUGGAGGUCUCCCAAUUUAGUGAUACGAGUGGAUAUAAUGGCACGUUGCUGAAAAUGCUUGUAUGGACUCCUGUUGACGUAAGUUGAGCUGCCGAUUUGUUUCUGAAAUCGGGUGUCUCCAACAUGCAUUUUGUGCCUUAGGCGAAUUACGUGGAUUAAUGGUCUUGCUUGGGGAGGUUCCGGCUUGACAACCACACGGUUGGUUAAAUAUCUUCUUUUUGUGUUGUAGGUUCUAGUCCCGCAUUCUGCUCUAGAUUCGGAAAGCAAUAUGAACAGACUCGUAAAGCUUCUACAACAGAGUUCAUCCAGCUGUAACAUCGUCGGCGUUAACCGUAAUAGUUUUAAUUAUCAGCAAGGUAUUAAUGUUUAUCUAAACGUCUCAUUGCUAAGUUCGCUUUUUCACUAUUUUAAACGUCUGCUUAAUUUUCGCCGCCGUCCUCGUUGCAACUGCCUGUCCUUCAUCGAAGUUUUAUGGACACUUCAAGAAAACCUAG